CGCAAAUUUAUGUCGCCACACAUUACUUCAUUGUACUCCAGGCCACUGACUCGCAAACCCGGAAGUACGAUUUUUUGCUCCUGGGCUUUCUAUACUGUAUCCAAAACGCACAAUCAUCCACCACAAUUACGCAGAUACGUAUUUCAUGCAAUGGAUAGAGUAAUCGGAAGCUGCUAAUUUGUUAUGUAAACUACAAUGCGUGAUUAUGUCGUUCCGACGAUGAGGACAGCCCGGAGUCGUGAUUAUAUACACCGAGAGAUUUGUUAUGGCAGUGUGGACGUCGCUGUGAGUGAUUGAGACUGCGAGCUGGUGAUGGUGGUGGCGAUUAUGAAUCUCACUCUCCUGCGUUGGAUCUCUUCUCUUCGAAAGAGCUGAUUUAUGUAGUUGGUUCACUAGCCAGUGGUUGGAUGUAUCUGCCGGUCGAGAUGGUCCUGGGGGGACGAUUUCUAUUAUUUUUUUGAAUUGUCAGCCUAGACUUUUGCAUACCUUCUGGUUGCCCUUCACCAGUUCGGUGGGCGUCGGAAUUGUAUGCUGCUUGCGUUACUGAAUAGACUGAAUUGCGGCCGAAGGGUGCAUAGAUAGAUUCUGAUUUCUGCGGUCUCUUCUGUGAACCGACCACAUAGCUUAGCGUUUUAAGAGGGGACGUUGUGUUGGACACCCUUCGAGGUUUUCAUCUUGUGGGCAUGAGAUAUCGAACACAACGUCGAAAGAACGUCGUAGUAUGAGAAGUGCAGAAUAAACUCGCGAUGGGUGACAGUUACGAGAUUUCGGAUGCUUCCAUCAGGCAGCGGCCCGUCUUACAGGGACUUCGAAGCUUUCCACCAUUGGGAUGUGCCGCAUCGCCCUCUCCUGCUCACCAAGCCCGACUAAGCCUCAUCAACUCCGUUGCCGUCUUCCCUCCCACGCCGGAGAGGGCUGCUCUCUACGACAUAUCCGUGCGGAACUUAACCUAUAAGGUGAUUGUGAAGCACAACAAAGAAAUAAGGGAGAGAGUGUUGCUGAACAACGUUUCUGCUCGCGCCAACCACAGUGAGUUGCUGGCAAUUGCGGGACCUUCUGGUUCAUCCAAGACAACGUUUCUUGACGCUCUGGCUGGCCAGAUAAAACGAAAAAGUUUGAAAGGCCAAAUUUUGGUGAAUGGCAAGCCCAUGGAUCCCACCUUCCGGCGUGUCUCCGGGUACGUCACGCAGGAUGAUGCCAUGUACGCAACCUUGACCACUCGAGAGACGCUUAUGUUCAGUGCGCGCCUGCGACUCCCUGGCAAUACGAAGCUUGAGGAGAAAAAGAAACGCGUGGAAUCUCUAAUUGAGAUGCUUGGUCUCAACGAAUGUGCUGAUACUUACGUUGGCGAUGAGAAGAUGCGAGGUGUCUCUGGUGGAGAGAGACGUCGCGUCUCUAUAGGAGUCGACCUAAUUCACGAUCCAGCAGUUUUGUUUCUGGAUGAGCCCACAUCGGGCCUGGACAGCACUUCCGCCCUACAGGUGAUGCAAAUCUUGUCCCAGAUGGCUGUUAAACGCAACCGCACAGUGCUCCUAACGAUCCACCAGCCAAGCUACAGGAUCCUCGACACAAUCAACAAAUUCUUGGUGUUGUCUAGAGGUAACGUCAUAUACAAUGGCGGCGUCAUGGAGAUGGAGACCUAUUUCAGUGGUCUUGGUUACACCAUGCCAGAAAACAUGAGCGUGGUGGAGUAUGCUUUGGAUAUCAUUGAAGAAUGUCAAGACCAACCUGGAGGUCUUGCUCGCCUUGCUGAUUGCCAGGUGAAGUACCAGCAGACGAAGGAGGCUGUGGAGUUCGGGCCACUUGGUAGCCCAUACAAUGCCCCCCAAACCAUGGAUACCUUCAAGCCUGCCUUUGCAACUUCAAUAUUCUCUGAGAUGUGGGUGUUGGGUUACAGAUGCGUCCUCACUACUUUCCGCUCGAAGCUGCUGUUUUUGACAAGGAUAUGCCUGUCGAUCAUUGCAGCGUUGAUCAUGGGAAGUCUGUUCUUCCAUUCUCAGUACAACUAUAAGGGAAUCCUGCAACGUGCAGGCUUCUUCAACUUCGCUCUCGUCACUCUCAUCUUUAGUUCUAACGAAGCACUGCCCAUUUUCCUUGCCGAACGCCAAAUAUACAUCCGCGAAUCUUCGCGAGGUGCAUACAGAACGCUGACUUUCGUCAUCGCACAAGCUGUUGUCAUGAUCCCCUUCCAGUUAAUAAUUGCCCUGGUCUUCUCAUCCAUCUCGUACUUCAUGGUUGGUCUCGUUUCAAACGUUUGGGCGUUCUUCACGUUUGUCUUCGUCACCUUCCUCACCCUUUGCGUAGCCAAUUCCUUCGUGGCUUUCGUUGCAAGCAUGGUGCCGGACGAAAACGGUGGGCAAACUGUUAUACUAGCAGUCUCCGCCAUGUACUAUUUGUUCUCGGGCUUCUUCGUUACAAGAUCCGGCAUUCCAAAGUACUGGAUAUGGCUUCACUACCUCUCUACAUUCAAGUACCCUUACGAACUGCUGCUUGAAAACGAGUAUGGCCACCUGCGGAAGGUGAUGUGGUUCUUCGGCGUGGACUCACAGACGGUGUUGGACAAUUUUGACGCUGGCAAAGUUGCUGACCAUCGUUGGAUCAACUAUCUGGCCAUGGCAUCCUUUGUGAUCGGAUAUCGUGUGCUCUUCUACCUCUCCUUACGGUUCAACACCAAAAACGUACGCAAGUAGUCAAGCUCAAUCAGUCGAACUUGAACUCACCGUAGACAGAUAGCAACAAUAAGCAAUCUAUUCUCCGUUUCAUUGUAAAUUGUGAAUAAGCGUCUAAUCGAAAAAUUGACCUGGACCCAAA